AUGGUUGGUCACAAACUCUCUAGCACAAUAUCGCGAGAUGCUCACUCUCAACCAGAAUAUAUGGACCAAACAGCAUCAUCUGGAAUUACCCAAAUUUUAAGCCAACAUUCAGGCAAGUCCAACCAGUCAAAGCUUAAGAGAGAUGGGUCAAAGCUGUCACAUAUUGGUUUCCAACCGGUAUCUCACCAACUUAGUUCUAGAAGUUCUAAUCCAAACAUGAAUGUCAGCACCUCCUAUCUUGGCACUUCUAGAAGAAAUAGCGUUAUAUCUUCCUCGUCUUCUUCACUAAGCUCGAAGACAACAAUUACCUCAAAUCGUAGGAAAAACUCAACUUCUUCGAGAAGUUUGACUUCGACUUUGUCAUUGUCGUUACCGUUAUCUAGAAAGAAAAGUGCUCAUACAUUAUCUAUUUUUGGUAAUCACCAACAUAGUCAACGAUCAGCAAAUAUAUCGACCUCAAACACAAGUAUUCUCAGUGUACCUUCAAUAUCUACAUCAACGAGUAAGUCAUCAGCUUCUCGAAGACAUAAGUUUACACAAGCAGUCCGUAGAAUUUUUCCAUCCAGUAAAGUUAGUUCCCAUCAACAUAAGGUUGACAUCGAGCCAGUUAUUCCAACUUCAUUAAGUAACUUUUUACAUUCUUCAUUUGAAAGACAUAAGAUGUCAUCCCCAUCUCAAUUUUUUUAUAACCCGUCCCUGGUAAGUGAUUCGAACCAUUCCAUAUACUCAUUCAAUCCUUCAAUAUCGCAUGACCCUGCUCUAUCGCAAGAACAUAAUCCAGCAUAUAUUUUGCAAGAUUUACUCCGACAUUUACCCUCACUGGAGGCUAAUUACAAGAGUUUUAGUGCGCAAGAACUGGAGAACUUAUCGGAAAAUGUCUGGUACAUUUAUUGUAGUAAUAUGGUAGAAUUGUUUAAAGAUCACCGAAUAUGGGACUUGCCGAUGAAAGUCGAAGAUAUAAGCCGAAUAUUUGAUUUUUAUCGAAGAUUAACUAAUUUUGACAAUGUAUGGCUAAAUGUGAAAGAAUUUUUGGAUUCUUCCUUAUUUGUAUUUGAAAAUGAAAUUGUAUUUAAUUACACGAAUGAAGAUAUAAUGAAUAGUACUUUGAAAAGAUUGUGCGUAAUUUGGGAGAAGUUUUAUCAACAAAUAUAUUACGAUGUAUUAACUAUAUUAUUAUCCAUGGAGAAAGAUGAAAAUGAAGGAAAGUUAAAUCAAAAGGUUAUAAAUGAAAAAGAAAGACCUUCUAUGGAAAUUCUAUUACUGCAAUGCUUCAGAGAUACCAUUGUAUUGCCAUACUUUCAAAAUUUUAUUCACAGCGAUACCGGAGUUAGAAAAACCUUUCAGUUGUAUAUUUUGAAUCAAGAGGAAGAAAGAAAAAUUACAAAUCAAGACAAACGUGUUCUACUACAAUGCUUUGGAAUUCUGAGUACAAUUAAUAGUAUGGAUAUGAACCAGAACGUUAUUGAAGAACUGCUGAAGGGUAUUAGGAUUUAUCUAUAG